GACAGGUGUUUUCAUGUUAGCUAACGGGGCUACAUUUAAUGUUUCUGUUGACUGCUGAACAUGUCUGCCUCGAUGGUGGCGAGGGCGACGGUCAGGGCUGUCAGUAAAAGAAAGAUAUUAGCUACAAGAGCUGCUUUAACUCUGACUCCUCCUGCUGUGAAUAGGAUCCGGACCCUCCUGGAGAACAAGCCAGAAUAUAUUGGUCUGAAGGUGGGUGUGAGGACAAGGGGCUGUAACGGUAUGACCUACACUCUGGACUUCACCAAGCAGAAGGAUCAGGCUGAUGAGGAGGUGCUGCAGGAUGGUGUCCGUGUAUUUAUAGAGAAGAAGGCCCAGCUCACUCUGCUGGGGACAGAGAUGGACUUCGUGGAGUCCAAGCUGUCCAGUGAGUUUGUCUUCAACAACCCCAACAUCAAGGGUACCUGUGGCUGUGGAGAGAGCUUCAACAUCUGAGAGGGCUUCCUGAUGUGGAGAGAGCUUCCUGCUGUGGAGAGGGCUUCAACAUCUGAGAGGGCUUCCUGCUGUAGAGAGCAGCCCAUCUCUUCCUCGCCUCCCUCUCUCUCCCUCUCUCCCACAGCCCAUCUCUUCCCCCCCUCCCUCACUCCCUCUCUCCCACAGCCCAUCUCUUCCCCGCCUCCCUCCCUCCCUCACUCCCUCUCUCCCA